CCCAUUCCUACUAUUUCAUCUACUUGACUCUCUCUCUCUCACACACACACACACAGAGAAAUGCCCUAUUUAACAACAUCCCCAGCCUAAUGCCUUUCCCAUUCUCUUGUCCUCUUCAACUUCCAACACCCACUGACACAUUCCCUCAACUCUCUCAUGCUCACGGCCACUACUCUUAUCUCUCUCCCCUCCUAGUUCCAUUCAUUCUCCUCACAUAAACAUAAACAACACUUCUCUUUUUUGAAUAUUCCUCAAUUUUAUAGCUAGCUCCCUAGCUAAGCUAGCUCCCAUACUAAGUUUUCUUUCUCUGAUUCUCACUCUGACAAAUAUUCCACUUCCUAUUCGUCCAUUUUCCGAGGAAUUAGCUACCUCUAUAGGCUCUAGCUAGCUUAGUAGUCAGAAGUAGUUAGUACUUAUCUUUCAGUUACCUUGAACAAAUCAAGUGUACACAACAGCAAAAUAUUUCUGUCACACAAACACACUCGUCACAAACCCUUUUAAAUUUAAAAUUAACAACAAUGUCUAGCAGAAGAUCUCGUUCGAGUCAAUCGGAUGUUUCCACUGAGAUCACUGAUGCCCAGAUCACUGAUAUCAUCUCAAAGUUACAACAACUAAUCCCUGAACUAGAUGCAAGGCGUUCAGACAAGGUUUCAGCUUCCAAGGUGUUGCAGGAGACUUGCAACUACAUCAAAAGCUUGCACAGAGAGGUUGAUGAUCUAAGUGACCGGUUGUCACAACUUUUGGCCACCACAGAUUCCAACAGUGCCCAAGCAGCCAUAAUUAGAAGCUUACUUUUGUAAUAAUAAUAUUAUUCUAAUACUUAUUACUUAUAGAGCUUUAAUUUAUGUGACGUGUGCAUGUUAUUUUUGGUUAUAAGACCAAAUUGUAUUACUAUAAAUAAAAUGAGCUGGCAUCUUGAUGAUCGAGUUCCAGUUAGUUCGAAUAGUUA